CACAGCGACAACCCGCACGAAUCUGAGGAUUUCAACGCAGCAUACUCCAUUCUGCCAUGAGAUACAACGUCCAGAUACCAGUCAUCGAACUGGAACACCCAGUAGAAGGGCACAACGGCCAUCAAGCUUUGAACCCCCACGAUGAGAUCCUGCCGACGGGCUGGCACGCUCAAGAAUCGACCAAGACAUUAACCACCGACAUUCUUGUACAGCACGACUUCGGCGUCAAGGUUAGAGAUGGCGUUACCUUGUAUAUGGACAUCUUGCGUCCCGCGAACGAUCCAACUAAGGUCCCAGCCAUCAUAUGUUGGAGUCCAUUCGGGAAGAAAUUCAACGGUCUCACGUCGCUCAAAUACAUGACGCCCUGGAAUCUCGGCCUCACAAGCAAUGAUCUGAGUGGCCUCGAAAAGUUCGAGGCGCCGGAUCCAGCAGACUGGGUGCCAAGGGGUUAUGCUAUCGUCAAUGUCGACUCCCGUGGGUCCUUCAAUUCCGAGGGUGUCAUGAGCAUCAUGGGCAGUCAAGAAGCUGAAGAUGGCUACGAUGUGAUUGAAGCCCUCGCAAAGGAACCUUGGUGUAACGGCAAUGUUGGACUCGCAGGAAACUCUCACCUGGCCAUAAUCCAGUGGUUUAUCGCUGCGCUCAAUCCCCCAUCUCUCAAAGCAAUUGCGCCAUGGGAAGGAUGUGGUGAUCUGUAUAGAGAACAAUUUGCCCGAGGAGGUAUCUAUGCUGGAGACCUUUUUGACGAGCUUAUUGUCAAACACCUUCUGAAAGGCCGUCAAGGUAUGGAAAGCUUCCGAGAGAUGUUCAAACAAUAUCCGCUUGCCACACCUGGAAAGGAUGACUGGUGGAACAACAAACGACCGGACAUGACCAAGAUAAACAUACCCACCUACAUCACGGGCACAUGGACCAAUACCAUGCAUGGUAUGGGCGCGAUUCGUGCAUGGCUCAAAGUUUCAGCAGAGAAGAAAUGGCUCCGAUGGCAUCCUUACCAAGAGUGGUACGAUCUAUGGGGUUGUCAGCAAGCAAAGGACGAACUUCUCAUGUUCAUGGAUCACUACCUGAAAGACGUUGACAACGAUUGGGAAGCGACUCCGAAGAUCCGCAUGGCAGUCCUACGCUUCGGUGAGAAGGAGCCUAUUGCGAACAAAAUCGUGGCAGACUUUCCCAUCCCGAAUACAAAAUACCAAAACUUCUAUCUGCAGCCUGGAGGCGAGGUGAAACUGGCCAAAGUUUCAGGGCCAAGUAAGACAGCCUCAUACGAUGGUAAAGUAGGUGUUUUAUCAUUCAAGCAUGUUUUUGAAGAACGGACACAAGUCGUUGGUUUGCCCAAAGCAGUGCUGUACAUGUCCUGUCACGAGUACGACGAUAUGGACAUCUACGUGACUGUCCGUAAGCUAUCAACAUCUGGAGAACCGAUGUACAAUCUCAACAUUCCUUGGUCUUCAGUGCCUGUUGCCAAGAUUGAAGACAUACCCGAGGAUAAACGCACUGAAGUCAUUCUCUACAAGGGUCCGGUCGGCAUUCUUCGCGCCUCUCACAGAGACGUUGAUACGUCAAAGUCUAUGCAUGAAAACUGGCCAUUCCAUCCGCAUGAAAAGAUGCAGAAGGUGAAGCCAGGCGACGUCGUCAAGCUGGAGAUUGGUAUCUGGGCCAUGGGUGUCGAGUAUGAAGCCGGUGAGGGGUUUCAAUUUGAGAUCAGUGGUCAUCAUCGCGGCAUGAAAGGAUUCGGGAAUGGUGAACACAGCAAAAAUGAAGGAAAGCAUGUGCUGCAUUUUGGUGGGGUUUAUGAUAGUCGCUUGAUUCUUCCCAUCAUUCCCAACCUCUAGACUAGACUAGACUAGACUUGACUUGAAUCAGACAUUCGACAACCACAU